GGGCAGGCGGUUGGGGACCUGGCAGGGGAGAGGGGAGGGAGGAGGGGAGAGAGGGCCCCAGCCGGCCGGCCGGCCGUGUGGGAGGGGGCUGGGACGAGGCUCUCCCGAGCAGGAAGCCGGGCUGCCGGGGGCCCCCUCGCUGCAAAGGCAGACAGGAAGGACUGCCCCCUGAGCUCUGGGCUCGGGGCCCGGGAAUCGCCGCCGCCCAGAGCUGCAGCUCCGGGCCCAGGGUAAGGAGGCGAGUGGGGGAGCGCGCGCGGCUGAGGGGCGAGCUGCGAGGGUCCCCGUGCCCAGACGCGCCCUCCCCUCCACUUCCCCGCCCCCUCCCCGCCGCCGGGGCUCAGGACCCCCUCUCGUGUCUCGCGCCGCGCUCUUGGCGCUUCUGCAAGGGCGCGCGCGCCCACCCUCCCCUCCCCUCCCCCUCCUCACUCCCACCUCGCCCCCCUCCCAUCCCCCGCAGUCUGCAGCGAUGAAGGCGGGUUCGGGCGACCAGGGGAGCCCCCCGUGCUUCCUGCGCUUCCCGCGGCCCGUGCGGGUGGUGAGCGGCGCCGAGGCCGAGCUCAAGUGCGUGGUGCUGGGGGAGCCGCCGCCCACGGUGGUGUGGGAGAAGGGCGGGCAGCAGCUGGCCGCGUCGGAGCGCCUGAGCUUCCCCGCGGACGGCGCGGAGCACGGGCUGCUGCUGAGCGGCGCGCUGCCCACCGACGCGGGCGUCUACGUGUGCCGCGCGCGCAACGCGUCCGGGGAGGCCUACGCGGCGGCCGCCGUGACGGUGCUGGAGCCGCCCGCGCCCGAGCCCGAGCCCGAGCCCGAGCCGCCGGCCGCCGAGGGCCCGCCGGCCCCGCCGGGCACGGGCGAGGGCCCCCCGGUGUUCCUCGCGGGGCCGCGUUCGCAGUGGGUGCCGCGGGGCGCGGAGGUGGUGCUGGCGUGCCAGGCCGGGGGCGUGCCCGCGCCCACGCUGUACUGGGAGAAGGACGGGCUGGCCCUGGACGAGGUGUGGGACAGCGGCCACUUCGCGCUGGAGCCGGGCCGCGCCGAGGACGGCCGGGCCGUCAGCCUGACGCUGCGCAUCCCCGCCGCGCGCCUGCCCGACUCGGGCGUGUACGUGUGCCACGCCCGCAACGCGCACGGCCACGCGCAGGCCGGGGCGCUGCUCCAGGUGCAGCAGCCGCCCGGGAGUCCGCCCGAAGACCCCGACGACGACGACGCCGCUGCUGCCGCCGCCGCCGCCCCGCAGCCCGCGCCGCCGGCGGAGCCCAGCAAGUGCGCGCCCAAGACCUUCUGGGUGAACGAGGGCAAGCACGCCAAGUUCCGCUGCUACGUGAUGGGCAAGCCCGAGCCCGAGAUCGAGUGGCACUGGGAGGGCCGCCCGCUGCUCCCCGACCGCCGCCGCCUCAUGUACCGCGACCGCGACGGCGGCUUCGUGCUCAAGGUGCUCUACUGCCAGGCCAAGGACCGCGGGCUGUACGUGUGCGCCGCGCGCAACUCCGCCGGCCAGACGCUCAGCGCCGUGCAGCUGCACGUGAAAGAGCCGCGUCUCCGCUUCUCCCGGCCACUGCAGGACGUGGAGGGCCGGGAGCAGGGGAUCGUGGUGCUGGAGUGCAAGGUCCCCAACUCCCGCAUCCCCACGGCCUGGUUCCGCGAGGACCAGCGGCUGCUGCCCUGCCGCAAGUACGAGCAGAUCGAGGAGGGCCCCGUGCGGCGCCUCAUCAUCCACAGGCUGAAGGCGGACGACGACGGCGUCUACCUGUGCGAGAUGCGGGGCCGCGUGCGCACGGUGGCCAACGUGACCGUCAAAGGGCCCAUCCUGAAGCGGCUGCCCCGGAAACUGGACGUGCUGGAGGGCGAGAACGCCGUGCUGCUGGUGGAGACGCGGGAGGCCGGGGUCGAGGGACGCUGGAGCCGCGACGGGGAGGACCUGCCGGCCACCUGCCAGAGCAGCUCCGGCCACAUGCACGCCCUGGUCCUGCCAGGGGUCACCCGGGAGGAUGCCGGCGAGGUCACUUUCAGCCUGGGCAGCUCGCGCACCUCCACUCUGCUCCGAGUUAAAUGCAUCAAGCACAACCCCCCGGGACCCCCGGUGCUGGCAGAGAUGUUUAAGGGCCACAAGAACACGGUUCUGCUGACCUGGAAAGCCCCCGAGCCGGUUCCCGAGACCCCCUUUGUCUACCGGCUGGAGCGGCAGGAGGUGGGCUCGGAAGAUUGGGUCCAGUGCUUCAGCAUCGAGAAGGCGGGCGCCGUGGAGGUGCCCGGGGACUGCGUGCCCGCCGAGGGCGACUACCGCUUCCGCAUCUGCACGGUCAGCGAGCACGGCCGCAGCCCCCACGUGCUGUUCCACGGCGCGGCCCACCUGGUGCCCACCGCGCGCCUGGUGGCGGGGCUGGAGGAUGUGCAGGUGUACGCCGGGGAGGACGCGGUCUUCGCGCUGGACCUGUCCACCAUCAUCCAGGGCACCUGGUUCCUCAACGGCGAGGAGCUGCGGAGCCGCGAGGGCCAGGCGGAGCCCGGCGCCCUGCGCUACCGCGCGGAGCACAGCGGCCUCCAGCACAGGCUCGUCCUGCGGGCCGUCGGGCACCAGCACAGCGGUGCCCUGGUGGGCUUCAGCUGCCCCGGGGUGCAGGACUCAGCCGCGCUCACCAUCCAAGAGAGCCCCGUGCACAUCCUCAGCCCCCAGGACAAGAUGUCCUUGACCUUCACGACGGCAGAGCGCGUGGUGCUGACCUGCGAGCUCUCCCGGGAAGACUACCCCGCACGCUGGUACAAGGACGGGCGGCAGGUGGAAGAGAGCGAGGCGGUGCUGCUGAAGGUGGACGGGCGCAAGCACCGCCUGGUCCUCCCGGAGGCCCGGGUGCAGGACAGCGGCGAGUUCGAGUGCAGAUCCGAGGGGGUCUCGGCCUUGUUCACCGUCACCGUCCGAGACCCCCCGCUGCACAUCGUGGACCCCCAGGAGCACGUGUUCGUGCACGCCAUCACCUCCGAGUGUGUCGUGCUGACGUGCAAGGUGGACCGCGAGGACGCGCCUGUGCAGUGGUACAAGGACGGGCAGGAGGUGGAGGAGAGCGAGUUCGUGGUCCUGGAGGACGAGGGCGCCGACCACCGCCUGGUGCUGCCCGCCGCCCAGCCCCCCUACGGCGGCGAGUUCCAGUGCGUGGCCGGGGACGAGCGCGCCUACUUCACCGUCACCAUCACAGAUGUGUCCUCGUGGAUCGUGUACCCCAGCGGCAAGGUGUACGUGGCGGCCGUGCGUCUGGAGCGCGUGGUGCUGACGUGCGAGCUGUGCCGGCCCUGGGCCGAGGUGCGCUGGACCAAGGACGGGGAGGAGGUGGUGGAGAGCGCGGCGCGGCUGCUGCAGAAGGAGGACACGGUGCGCCGCCUGGUGCUGCCCGCCGUCCAGCUCGAGGACUCGGGCGAGUACCUCUGCGAGAUCGACGACGAGGCUGCCUCCUUCACCGUCACCGUCACAGAGCCCCCGGUUCGCAUCCUCUCCCCGCGGGACGAGGUGAGCCUGGCCGCCGUGAGCCUGGAGGGCGUGUCGCUGCUGUGUGAGCUGUCGCGGGAGGACGCGCCCGUGCGCUGGUACAAGGACGGGCUGGAGGUGGAGGAGGGCGAGGCACUGGUGCUGGAAGUGGACGGGCCCCGCCGGCGCCUGGUCCUGCCCGCCGCCCAGCCCGAGGACAGCGGCGAGUACGUGUGCGACGCCGGGGAUGACUCGGCCUUCUUCAUCGUCACUGUCACAGCGCCCCCCGAGAGGAUCGUGCACCCGGCAGCCCGCUCCCUGGACCUGCAGUUCCGGGCCUCGGAGCACGUGGAGCUGCGCUGCGAAGUGUCCCCCGCGGGGUCGCGGGUGCGCUGGUUCAAGGACGGGCUGGAGGUGGAGGUGUCCGAAGGCCUGAAGCUCUGGGCCCAGGGGCCCGCGCGCACCCUGACGCUGCCCCACGCCCAGCCGCAGGACGCGGGGGAGUACGUGUGCGAGACCCGGGACGAGGCAGUCACCUUCAACGUCAGCGUGGCUGAGCCGCCCGUGCAGUUCCUCACCCCCGAGGCAGCCCCCGGCCCACUCUGUGUGGCCCCCGGGGAGCCCGUGGUGCUGAGCUGUGAGCUGUCCCGGACGGGCGCCCUGGUGUCCUGGAGCCACGACGGGGCGCCCGUGCAGGCGGGCCAGGGCCUGGAGCUCCACGCCGAGGGGCCCCGGCACACACUCAGCAUCCGGGGGGCCACCGCGGCCCACGCAGGCCUCUACACCUGCAGGUGCGGGGCGGGCCCGGGGGCCCCCAGCCGCACCUUCACCCUGCGAGUGGAGGAGCCCCCCGCGCGGGUGGUGGCCCCGGAGGCCGCCCAGACGAGGGUUCGCAGCACCCCCGGCGGAGACCUGGAGCUGACGGUGCAGCUGUCUGGGCCGGGGGUUCCCGUGCGCUGGUACAAGGACGGGGAGCGGCUGGCCAACCGGGGCCGGGUGCAGCUGGAGCAGGCGGGGGCCCGGCAGGUGCUGCGGGUGCGAGGGGCCCGGAGCGGGGACGCUGGGGAGUACCUGUGCGACGCCCCCCAGGACAGCCGCAUCUUUGUCGUCAGUGUGGAAGAACCUCCCCCGGUGAGGCUGCUCUCAGAGCUGACGCCCCUGACGGUCCACGAGGGUGACGAUGCCAUGUUCCGGUGUGAAGUCUCCCCUCCCGACGCUGACGUCACGUGGCUGCGCAACGGGGCCCCGGUCAGUCCGGGGCCCCGGCUGGACGUGGCCCAGAACGGCUCCAGCCGCACGCUGACCGUGCGGGGCUGCCAGCUGGCGGACGCGGGGACGGUGACCGCCCGGGCAGGGGGCAGCACCACCAGCGCCCGGCUCCACGUGCGAGAGACGGAGCUGCUGUUCGUGCGGCGGCUGCAGGACGUGCGCGCCGAGGAGGGCCAGGACCUGUGCCUGGAGGUGGAGACGGGCCGCGUGGGCGCCGCGGGGGCCGUGCGCUGGGUGCGCUCCGGGGAGCCCUUGCCUGCCGACCCCCGCCUGUCGGUGGCCCAGGACGGCCACGUCCACCACCUCACCAUCCGCAGCGUGGUGCUGGCCGACCAGGGCACCUACGGCUGUGAGAGCCACCACGACCGCACCCUGGCCCGGCUGAGCGUGCGGCCGCGGCAGCUGAAGGUGCUACAGCCUCUCGAAGACGUGAGCAUCACCGAGGGUGGCAGCGCCACCUUCCAGCUGGAGCUGUCCCAGGACGGUGUGGCCGGGGAGUGGGCCCGGGGCGGGAUCCGGCUGCAGCCGGGACCCGGGUGCCACAUUCACAUGGAGGGCCGCACUCACCGCCUGGUGCUCAGGGACCUGGGCCUGGCCGACUCGGGCUGCAUCUCCUUCACCGCGGACUCCCUGCGCUCUGCCGCGAGACUCACGGUGCGAGAGGCCCCAGUGACCAUUGUGCGGGGGCCACAGAACGUGGAGGUGACCGAGGGUGACACAGCGACGUUCGAGUGCGAGCUUUCUCAGGCCUUGGCCGAUGUCACCUGGGAGAAGGACGGGCACCCACUCAGCCCCAGCCCUCGGCUCAGGCUCCAGGCCCUGGGCGCGCUCCGCCUUCUCCAGCUCCGGCGCUGCGGCCCCCUGGACGCCGGGACCUACAGCUGCGCGGUGGGGGCGGUCCGCGCCGGGCCGGUGCGCCUGACUGUGAACGAACGCAGGGUGUCGGUGCUCUCGGAGCUGGAGCCGGUGCGCGCCCGCGAAGGCCACAGCGCCACGUUCGAGUGCACCGUGUCGGAGGUCGAUACCGCCCGGAGCUGGACGCUAGGAGGCCGCCCGCUGAGACCAGGAGGCCGGGUCCGCAUCCGUCAGGAAGGGAAGAAACAUAUACUGGUGCUGAGCGAGCUGCGGCCGGAGGACUCCGGAGAGGUCCGCUUCCAGGCGGGUCCCGCCCAGUCCGCGGCUCAGCUGGAGGUGGAGGCACUGCCUCUCCAGAUGUGCCGCCGGCCCCCUCGCGAGAAGUCGGUCCUGGCCGGCAGGCGGGCGGUGCUGGAGGUGACCGUGUCCCGCCCCGGAGGCCAAGUGUGCUGGCUGCGGGAGGGGCUUGAGCUGUGCCCAGGAGACAAGUAUGAGCUGCGCAGCCACGGCCCCACCCACAGCUUGGUCAUCCAUGACGUGCGACCUGAGGACCAGGGCACCUACUGCUGCCGGGCAGGUCAGGACAGCGCCCAAACACGCCUGCUGGUAGAGGGCUGCUAGAAGGAGCGAGUCUGGCCAGGCGGAUCCCUCAGGCAGCUUGGAAGGCGCUUGUCCUCCCCCCACUAACCCCCCGGCGCGGGGACGGGGUGGGGGCAAGGGGCGGGGGGGAGGGGGUGCUGGGAGACAAUAAAAGUGGUGCUGCCUCUCCCUUGGCUCUGUGUGACUGACGCGGGCAGGU